GUCGUUGAGCUUAAGAAGUCAAGCAGCAGUGGACCCUCUUGUAGUUGUCUAUUAUCUAUAUAUAUCCUCAUACCUCCGCAUAGGAUGUCACAAGUAGACCCCACACACUUCAAGUGUGUUCCUUCCAAUUAGCCGUUGUUCAACAAUUGAACUAUCACAUUCUUCAUUUUUCCAUUUUCACACACUCUCUCUCUCUCUCUCUCACACACACACUCAUUCAUCAUUCUUUCUUCUAACAACAACGAAGGUAUGGGAUUUUCUUCUCCAUCUGACACUGAAGAAGAAGAAGAUUCAACAAUCUCAGAAAUCAUCUCUCAAGCAAAAGACUCAAUCCUCCUUCAACAAAUCUCUGCCAUCAACUGUUCAUCAUUCACCCAUUCAGAUCUUCCCCCUAACCUCGAAUCACGCUUCAACAAGCUCAAAUCUUUCCCUGCUAAUCACACCCCCCCACCACCUUACCUCUCCAAAAAUCCCACCUUUUCAACCCCAAAAAAUCCAAAUUCUGAUUCUCAGUCUGUCUCUUCUCCCUCUAAACAUGCCACCUUUUCAAACCCUAGUUCAACAAAAAUCCAAAAAAAUCUCAACUUUUCACCUCCUAAAGACAACAAUUCCACAAAAAACCCACUUUCUGAUUCUGGGUCUGUCUCUUCUCACUCAAAUUCUUCACAUAGGGAAAAGGGUCUGAACCCAAAACCAAAAAAUGGGUCUUUUUCACCUUCAGAUUCUUCUCAUACCUCUGAAGAAAGUCCAAUCUCUUCAUUGCAAAUGAAGAGAGAAGAAAACAAGUGUUCUAAGGUGAAGUCUAUGUCUCUGAGUCCGGAAUCAUCGCCUCCUCGAAAAUGGGGUUGUUUUUGGUGUUCUCCUAAGAAGGAACAGAACAAGAAGAAAAGUAGGGACAAGGAGAAUGCUGGUGUUGUUGGGUGGGAAGAAUGUACAAGUGAUGAGUUGUUGUCUGGUAUUGGAAGUUUGUCAAGCAAGAAACGGCUGAAUAUGAUUGAAAAGGCAUUGAAGGAAGAAGAGAAGAGGAUUAACCGCGAGGCGGAGAAGAUUGUUGAAUGGGCUAAACAUGUGUCUGGUAGGAUGAAUGUUCCUGAUAUUGAGGACGAGCUUAGUGAUGAUUAGGGUAUCGAUUCAGCAUUACAUGUUGGAUGUCUUUCUAGUUCUAAGUUGCCUUAUUAGUUCUUACAUAAGUGUUGCUAGCCAAAUUUGUCUUGUAUUUCUAUACAUGUUCCUGUUUACAUAUAUACAAAUAUUCUGUUUUCUCUGUUAAACAAUAAAUUGAUUGAAGAGUUUAUUUUGAUUUGAUGA